AUGGCUCUCGCAAAGAUCCUCCGGAGCAUCGUGCGCAACGAUGCCAUGCGCACCGACCCCGACCAGAUUUACAACGCCAAAGUCCUGGCGCUCGUCUGCUCUGCCUGCUUUGGCGGCAUGCUCUUCGGCUGGGAUACCGGUGCCAUUGGCGGCGUUCUGGCAAUGGACCAGACCCGACAACGCUUCGGAUACCUGCACAGACCCAAGACGGACAAGUUGAACCUGGACCAGAACAUCGUCUCGACGCUGCAGGCCGGCUGCUUUGCUGCUUGCUUUGCGACGUCCUGGUUCGCCGACAGAUUUGGUCGUCGACGGAGCCUCAUCGGCUCUGGCGUCAUCACCAUCGUCGGAGUCGUCUUUCAGGCUGCGUCUGCCGCGAACGGCGCCUUGGCAGUCAUGUACGUCGGGAGAUUCAUCGCAGGGCUCGGCGUCGGUGCUGCGUCGACCUUGACCCCGCUCUACGUGUCUGAAUGUGUUCCUCGAGCGAUUCGCGGCGGUUUGACUGGUAUCUCUGCCCUCCCCCGUCUCCGGAGUCGCGGCCUCCUUCGUGGACUGGCUAACACGGGGCCGAUAGCCUUCUACCAACUCUUCAUAGUCCUCGGCAUCAUGAUCGCCUUCUGGGUCAACUACGGCUGUCUCCUGCAUGUGCCUGCGCCGGCAGUCUUCAUCAUCCCCCUGGCCUUGCAGGCCCUGCCCGCGGUUCUCUUGGUCGCGGGCAUGCUUGUUUCUCCAGAGAGCCCUCGAUGGACCGCUCGAAAGGACAGGUGGGAAGAAACCUCCCACAUUUUGGUCACGUUGCGAGGACUUCCAACCGACUCGGCGUACGUCUCCGGAGAGAUGCAAGAAAUGGUACGUCAGCUCGAGAAUGAGCGCCGCCUGAUGGGCGAUGCCACGUUUAAGAGUUUGAUGAAGGAAAUGUGGCUGGUCCCUGCCAAUCGACGGCGCACCGUCAUCUCCAUUGUCCUCAUGAUAUGCCAGCAACUCACCGGCGUGAAUGCUAUUGUACGUCCAAAGGACCCUUCCCUCGGUUGCUCCUCUCCCCAACCUGUACACGUUCCUGAUCCCCGUCAGAACUACUACGCUCCCCAAAUCUUCACCAAUCUUGGAAUGAAUGGGACGGAUUCAUCACUCUUUGCCACCGGAGUCUAUGGCAUCGUAAAGACCGUGGCCGUCUGCUUGUUCCUGCUCUUCAUCGCCGACUCGUUGGGGCGACGAAAGAGCUUGUUGUGGACCAGCCCGAUGCUAGUUAUUGUGCUGUUCAUCAUCGGUAUCUACGGGCGUGUGCAGCCUCCCGUCACUGGAGAGUCGGUCUCUGCGUUUUGGUACAUCGCCAUUACCUGCAUCUACCUAUGGGCCGCCAUCUUCCAGUUUGGCUGGGGACCCUCCUGCUGGAUUCUGGUCAGCGAGAUUCCCACCGCGAGGUUGCGUGCCGCAAAUGUCGCCAUUGGUGCCGGAACCCAGUGGCUCUUCAACUUUGUCAUGGCUCGAACCGUCCUUACUAUGCAAAACACCAUGGGCUACAAGGGUUAUGGUAUGUUUUUCAUGUUUGGCAGCUUCGACGUCCUCAUGGGUUUGUUUGUGUUCUUCUUCGUUCCCGAGACCAAAGGUCUCAGCUUGGAGAAGAUGGACGAGCUCUUUGGCAUGAAUGAGACCGUCAAACAGCUAGACGUCGAGCCGGAAACCGGACGUCAUGUGAGCGUGCAGGGGGAUGCGCCCAGGAAAACAUAA